GUGGCGGUAAAAAAUUAAAUUAUUCGCCGAAUAAAGCGGAAAUGACGACUUGCAACUUGCCCUGCACGUGUAGCACUUCACGUUGGUACGAUCGACAUUAGUCCAAGAUGAAACGACCAAAGCUAAAGAAAGCGAGUAAGAGAUUGUCAUGUUCUAAACGGUAUAAAAUCCAAAAGAAGGUCAAAGAGCACAACAGAAAGUUAAGAAAAGAAGCCAAGAAGAAAGGAGUGAAGAAUCGACCCAAGAAAGAUCCAGGAGUGCCGAAUAGUGCUCCGUUUAAAGAGGAGGUGUUACGAGAGGCCGAGCAGAGGAGACUGCAGAUUGAGGAGCAAAAAGAGAAACAAAAGCAAGCAGCAAAAGAAGAACGUGCCAAAAAACGAAAACAGGAAAAGGAGUCUGGAAGUAAAGAAAAAGAACCCCAAGCCAAAAAAGCACGAGAGGAUAACAACAUCCAGAAAAAACAUCCAGAAAAAAAGAAUGCUGAACUAAGGAACUCUAAAAGGUUUCAGUGUGCUGAGCUAAACAAGGUCAUUGAUGCAUCUGAUGUGGUAAUCGAAGUGCUAGAUGCUCGUGAUCCACUGGGCUGCAGAUGUCCACAGCUGGAGGAGAUGGUGCUGCAGAAGGAGGGCAACAAGAAGCUUAUUUUUGUUUUAAACAAAAUCGAUUUGGUACCAAAAGCAAAUGUGGAUAAAUGGAUGCAGAAGUUACAGCAGGAGUUUCCGGUUGUGGCGUUCAAAGCAUCAGUUUCAAAAGCGCAAGCGAAGAAGAACAGGAUCAAGGCCUCCAAAGAAAUCUAUGACAAUUCCAGUGGAGCCGCCUGCUUUGGAAACUCUGUUCUCACUGAGCUGCUCACACGUUACGCCGCAAGCAAGGGGGGCGACUCUCGUCUUCGAGUGGGCGUAGUUGGUUUUCCCAAUGUGGGUAAGAGCAGCCUGAUCAAUAAUCUGAAAGAAAGUACUGCCUGCAUUGCUGGUGUGAAAAGAGGCAUCACAAAAUCCUUGCAGGAGGUGAAAAUCUCGGAGAAUGUCAAUCUGUUGGAUAGUCCGGGAAUCCUGGCGUGUCCGUCCAAUCCGGCAGCCGCCAUGGCUCUGAGGAGCUUGCAAGUGGAGGAGGGCCAGGAGAGCACGCAGGAGGCUGUCAGGGUUCUGCUCAAACAGUGCAACCAGACUCAGGUCAUACUACAGUUCAAUAUUGCAAACUAUAGAAACGUUGCAGAGUUUCUAACCUUGUUGGCCAAAAAGCGGGGCUUCUUGCAAAAGGGCGGAGUUCUCAAUACAGCGCAGGCCGCUUCAGCGUUUCUGGAAGAUUGGUCUGGAGCCAAGCUGAGCUACCACUGCAAACCCACAGACAAACAGGCCACCCCUGCCUACGUGACGGACGCCGUCAUCGCGGACAUGUGGAGCAUCCUGGAUCGCGCACAACUGCAAACGGGCAAUGAGAAUACGCUGAGAAGUAUAAAAUUUCCAACCCCGGCCAACAGUAUCAGCUUUACGUCUAGCGGUCCCACGAGGGGUCUUCUGGUGGUCAGUGACAUCCCUGUAGAAAAAGCCAGUGUUAGACCUGUAGAGGAGCUGGUUGUGGAGGCAGAGAACAAUAACGAGUCUGAACAAAUAGCGGUUGAGACAAAGGCAGAUGAACCAGAGAAAGUUUUAUCUGAAGAAAAAACAAAACAUGUCCAGUUCAAGCCGGUGGCCGUUGACAACGGCUCCUCCACAGUGAAAACAGAUGAUGAUGAUGCCUAUGACUUCAACACUUAUUUUAAAUGAACUUUCCCAGUCAAUUUUUUGGCUGGUGUGACGGAUGGAAAAAUAUGGAUGAAACCUUUCCAAGGGGUCUGGAAUGAACCACCUGUCCCAUACGUCAGUGAAGGCGGACAUCCUGCCCCAUGGCUUAUAGUGUCCAUUCCAGUGAAGGAGUUUAGCUGCUUUGACAAACUGCGGCGAAUAGCGGUUUCCAGCACCGGUAGUACCUUCAAGAAAAGUCACAGUUGGAAUAUACUGUAUCAAUGAUAUGCAUUAUUAUUUUUAUAAAAGGUAUCUUGCCACAUUUUCAUAAUUUCCAGCUAAAACAAGUAAUCAAAAUGUC